AUGCCCAAAUCGAUCGUCACGCGUGGCAUGUACGUCGCGUUCUUCUUCUUGGCCGCGGUGGCCAUGUACAUCCUCAACUUCUGGUCCUACAAGCUCCUCAGCUUCGUUCCCGUACUCGACAAGGUCUGCCAACACGACGACCAAUGGUGUGUCGGCGUGCUGGCCACAGCCAGAGUCUGCUUCGGCAUGGCGGUGUUCCACGGGUUGAUGGCGCUGCUGAUGAUCAGGGUCAAGAACAGCUCCGACUUCCGCGCGGGAAUCCAGGACGGGUGGUGGCUCUUCAAGCUGGUCGGGAUCGUGGGCAUCACCGUGGCCGCCUUCUUCAUUCCCAACGAGUUCUUCGUCGUCUUCGGUUGGAUCGCUCUGUUCGGCGCCGGCGGCUUCAUCAUCAUCCAGCUCGUCUACCUGAUCGAGUUUGCCUACACCUGGGCGGAGAAUUGGCUGAACAAGUUUGAGGGCGAGGCCGGCGAGGAGAACAGGAGCUACUACUGGCUGCUGCUCAUCGCCACCGCUGUGCUCUACGCAGUCGCGCUCACCGGCACCAUCCUCAUCUACGUGUUCUUCUACAACGGCUCCGAGUGCUGGAUGAACGCCACCUUCCCCACCAUCAACAUCCUCAUCUGCGCCCUCUUCUCCCUCGCCUCCAUCCACUCUCGCGUCCAAGAGGCCCACCCCAACCGCGGCACGGGCCUGCUCCAGUCGGGGGUCGUCACGCUCUACUGCACCUACCUGGUCUAUAGCGCCGUCAGCAGCGAGCCGAACAGCGGCAGCUUCCAGUGCAACCCGUUCGACAACAUGGGCGGCUCGGUCUCGUCGGUGCUCACGGGCGCCGCGUUCACCAUCGUCGCCGUGUGCUGGUCCACCAUUCGCAUGUCCACCAAGGGCAACGACCUCCUCGAGGGCGGCUCCGGCGCCACCACCGACUCCUCCAUUCAGGCCGCCGAAGAGGGCGACAAGCUGCUGCCGGAGCUGAAUGACGAGAACAUUCCCGGCUCGGACUCGCACCACGACGACGACCACCACGAGGGCAAGGUCGAGGACGACGAGAAGGACGAGGUGGCCUACAACUACAGCUUUUUCCACAUCACCUUCAUGCUGGGCGUCAUGUACGUAUACAUGAUCAUGACCGACUGGCAGAUCGUCAGCGGAGCCAGCCACUCUGACGACUUCAAGGUGGACCACGGCUUCACGGCGGUGUGGGUCAAGCUGUCGACUUCGUGGCUCGCCGCGCUGCUGUACAUCUGGACCCUCAUCGCGCCCAUUGUUCUGCCCGGCCGCGACUGGAACUAG